AUGUAUUUCUUGUUGGUCUGUACGGUACUGCUUCCAGACAAUAAUCUGCGUUCAAGAAUCGCUCUUGGUCGUGAGCGUUGGUUCAAUGGAACAUGCCUGAAUGCAACUUGUCCCACGGAUGAGAACGUCUUCAUGUAUUGGCCACCAUCAAAGAGAACUUAUCAACUGAAAUGGGAUGCCGGUUUGGCGUUGAAUGCCUCAAAGCGUCUUACCUCACUCUUCACCUACACUCCAGUCUACAGUCCUUAUCCUGUUCCAAGUGACGUUCGGGAGAUUCGUCACCGAAACGUACAAUUCAAA